AUGCUGCAUCAGAGCCCCUCACAACAGUGUGAAAAGAAGAACCAGGCGGCCCGAGUGCGAGUCGGGAAAGGAGACAAGCCGGUGACGUACGAACAGGCCCACCCGCCCCACUACAUUGCCCAUCGCAAGGGCUGGCUCUCCCUGCACACCAGUAACCUGGACGGGGAGGGCGGGGUGGCCGAGCACACCGUGGAGGACGUCUUCAUCCGCAAGUUCAUCUACGGCACCUUCCACGGCUGCCUGGCCAACGAGAUUGUGCUGAAGCACCGCGCCAACGUGCUGGUCGUCUGCGCCGUCUUCCUGCAGCGCCUGCCGCCCUACAAGUUCUACUUCCUGGUGGGCUACACCGAGACGCUGCUCUCCUUCCUCUACAAGUGCCCCGUCCGGCUGGAAGUGCAGACCCUGCCCGAGAGGGUCAUCUACAAGUACCUAUAGCACCGCUGGACCCCUGGGCGAGGCCUGCCCCCCGGCAGCCGGGCACCCCACCUCUCCCCUGGGCUAGCCUGUGCCUGACUCAGGUCACCUGCUGUCCUGUCUCUCACUGGCCCGUUGUGGGGCAGGACACCCACGCUCCACAUGGGCCCGAGGAGGCCGUGGACCCGUGGGUGGUGGCCGUGGGGUGCUCUGGUGUGGGUGUUACCGAGGCUCUGGACGUAGCAGUGGCCUGGCCCAGCAAUGGGGAAUAAAAGCACUCUGGCCCCUGUGUCCA